ACACGUAAAUGGAGGAGUUGUGAAAUGAGUCGAGCGCAGUGCAGUGAGGGCAACAGUGACGCUCAUGAAGCCGCUCUGCGCCAUGUUGACUACUGGCAGCCGGCUAACUGGGUGAGAGAGCAGCGAGUGUUCAUUCAACUUUUUAAGGAUGUUUAGGGGCCCAGAGAUCCUGACCCGGUCUUGUCCCAUAAGAUCACUUCUGCUGGUGAAGGAGUCCCACCUGUCUGCUGUCUCUGAGCACACUGGUGCUGGAUGGCUGCCCGCAAGAGCAGUGAAGGAAAGGAGAUAUAAAGGGCUCUGUGGAAGUAAGGAGAGGUCAUCGUUGUCCACAAGGACUGUGUCCUGUUCAAAGCAGCUGUCUUUAUUUAGCUUGGACUGUGACACUCGGCAGCUGAGAGAGGCUUCGUUUCAGAACCUCCUAUCCGAAGCCAUUUCGUCCAGCCGUCAUCGCCCCCCUCAAGUUUCUACCUCUGCAAGGGCCAAACGAGAGUCUGUCUCUUGGAAAUGCACUGUAGUGGAAGAUUUAGGUCAAAACCUCAAAACUGCGAGCACUUACCUGGACUGUUUAAUCAACAAAACUUGCCUUCAGCCUUGGAGAAGGCCUUGGGACAAUCUCCAACCUUGUUUCCUUUUCACCAAUAAGACUCGGUGUAACCUUCUUCAAAGUCAUUUAUAUCACAGACAGUGCUUUGUAAGACCUUUCAGCUUGUUGACACACAGGUCAUGGAUUUUUAAUCACUUUCACAGUAGACCACAACCCUCCGGUCACUCUUUUCACCCAACCAGAGCCGUACAUCAGGCUGCCCCUCGUGUGGCAGGCGCCUGGAGUGACUGUCUAUCCCCGGAGAAUGAAAGCAGGUGUCGGCAGAGCCUGGGGCCCAACUUGAAACUGUACGAGGUGGACAAAGAGAGAAAAGGGGCAAGUCAGAGCAAGGGAAAGAAGAACCAGCCGAAAUGGGCAUCGGUCCUGGUCUGUCUCUGCUCUGUCGAGGGGGAGCCGGCAUUCCUCUUUACUCUGCGCUCCAGCACACUGAAGGGCAGGCACAAGGGCGAUGUCAGCUUUGCAGGAGGAAAGAGUGAUCCUUCAGACAGAGAUGUGGUGGCCACAGCGUUGAGGGAAGCCAGGGAGGAGCUGGGCGUUACCGUGGCAACAGAGAGGGUCUGGGGCGUCCUGAAGCCUCUCAGGGACGCAUCAGGAAUGAUGAUUGCUCCUGUGCUGGCUAACCUUGGUCCCAUAGAGGAGUUGUCCUUCAAACCAAAUCCUGGAGAGGUGGAAGAAAUUUUCACCCUGUCCUUGUCCCAUCUAUACAACCCUCAGAACCGUGGCUACACCCAUUUUCGCACCGGAGACAAGUAUGGAUACACCCUCCCAGUAUUUCGUAACGGGAAGCAUCGAGUGUGGGGCCUGACAGCCAUCGCCCUAGACCAUACCCUGAAACUCAUUGUCCUUCCAUCACAGUAACACGAAAGCUUACAAGACUAAAGCACACCUUUCAUGUGGCGCCAAAGUUUGAUUAUGACAAACGUGCAAUCAAGUUUUGUUCUGCGAAGGCACGUCAAGAAUCAGUGUCGAAUGCAAAAUAUUUGACUUCACUCGCUCUCAUUUAUAAGGUCAUUUCCUUUUAUAAAUAGGAUUUUUACACUUUCUCAGCCUCAGGUGUGUAAGAGUCUCUGUCGAUUGGUUUAAAGAUGAGCCAGCUGUGUUGUAAAGAGAAUGUGCUGAAUGUUUUGGCCGUUAUUUUGCAUCGAGAAGCGAUUUAUUCUUCCCUGAACCCUCUCAGUAUAUGACUGCUUUAUUUUUUAAAUGUGUCUAUCUUUAAUUCACAAUCGGCACUGUCAGAUUGUCAGUGAAGCAGAGCUCUAAUUAUUUUCAGUGUGUUUCAACUCUGCCCAUUUUACCUCCCACUACAACCAGUCUUGACUGUUAUAACACUGAAAUGACAGAAGCACAUCAUGUGAUGUGUUGAACAAUGCAAUAAAGGUUGUUUUAAAGGCA